AUGCGCUUUAAUGUUGUUUUGGUGUUUUUUUUAAUGGUGGUUAUCCUUACCGCUUUAUUACUUUUUCUUUUAUUAAAAUAUAAAUAUGGUUUAAAUGCUUUUUCGAUAUGUAAAUUACCGGGUGUUACCGGCCGUUUUGCAAUUGCAAUAAUACCGCUUUUAUUGCAAAAGCCAAAGCGUUGGUUCGCACGCAUAGCGGUUUCGAAAGGUCGAAAUGCAUUAAUACCGAAACUUUCGUAA